GGGGAGGAGAGAGAGAGAGAGAGAGAGAGAGAGAGAGAGAGAGAGAGAGAGAGAGAGAGAGAGAGAGAGAGAGAGACGGAUGGACGCACAGGCUCAGAGCUCUGCCUGAACCUCACCCUCAGACUCUGCAGUUGCCGGGAAUCCAUCCUGAUUACUUUGGGGUAACUGUGAGUGGACUUGGCUGGUAAAUCAAAGGCUCCAUUCCAAUGGUCCAGGAGAACGAGCUCCUCAGAGGGGCCCCCCGGCAGCAGCGGUGGCAACGCUGAUUCCACUGGGGAUGCCAAGAACUGCACCCACAUUUUCCCGUUUGUGCUGCCUGUGGGCCUGACACCUUCAGGACCAUGUUUGAUGGAGAGCCAGGCACAGGCCCAGCAGCGUCCUCGCGGAAUGUGGUACGCAGUUCCAGCAUCAGUGGUGAGGUGUUUGGUGGCGGCGGGGAGCAGGCCGGGGGCACAGCCGGGGCCAGCACUGCCAAGAAGCGCCGCAGCAGUCUGGGGGCCAAGAUGGCAGCCAUUGUGGGCUUGACCCAGAGAAGCCGCAGCUCCCUACAACUACCCCAGCCAGAAGGUGGAACUAAGAAACUACCGAGUAACAUCAGGCGGAGCACAGAGACCGGCAUUGCUGUGGAGAUGAGAAGCAGGGUCACUCGUCAAGGGAGCAGAGAAUCCACCGACGGCAGCACCAACAGCAACAGCUCGGAUGGCACGUUCAUCUUCCCCACGGCCAGGCUGGGGGCUGAGAGCCAAUUCAGUGACUUCCUGGAUGGCCUGGGGCCAGCCCAGAUUGUGGGGAGACAGACACUGGGGACACCCCCGAUGGGGGAUGUUCAUAUUGCAAUGAUGGACCGGAGUGGUCAGCUUGAGGUGGAAGUGAUCGAGGCCCGAGGCCUUACCCCCAAACUGGGCUCUAAGUCCCUCCCAGCCACUUACAUCAAGGUUUACCUGCUCGAGAAUGGGGCCUGCUUGGCCAAGAAGAAGACUCGAGUGGCCAAGAAGACAUGUGAUCCCCUGUAUCAUCAGGCCUUGCUAUUCGAUGAGGGUCCCCAGGGAAAGGUAUUGCAGGUGAUUGUCUGGGGAGACUAUGGGCGCAUGGACCACAAGUGUUUCAUGGGAAUGGCCCAGAUUGUCCUGGAAGAGCUGGACUUGAGCAAUGUGGUCACUGGUUGGUACAAACUCUUCCCCACGUCUUCUGUGGCUGACUCCACCUUGGGGCCCCUCACCCGGCGUCUCUCCCAGUCUUCCCUGGAGAGCUCUACCAGCCCCUCCUGCUCCUAGGAAGAUGGGGACCCGGACCUCAGGAAGGCGAGGUCGGCAAUGGCAGGCUGGGAUAUGUGUGUGUAUGUGUAUGUGUGUGUGUGUGUGUGUGUGUAUGUGCGCACGCGUGCACAUGUGGAGGGAUGUGGGUCAGUCUCCUCACCCCAACCCACUUGGCUCACUGUAUAUAGCAUCUCGCCAACUCUUCCUAGAACAAUCUCCUCAUGCUGUAGGCCUACAGAUUUUGAUGUCUGGGUUAUUUCAGCAGAUAGGAGAAAACUCGUGUGUGUGUGUGAGUGUGUGUGUGUGCAUUUCUGGGUAUAUAUGUGUGUGAACACAAUCCAUGUACAUGUAUAUAUAUAUAUAUAUGUGUAUGUGUACACGUUUUGGUAUACCUAUACGUAUAUGUGUGUCUAUUUUUACAUUUAUAUGUAUGCACAUGUAUCAGUCCAUGUACAUGUAUGUAUGUAUAUGUCCAGAGUUAAAGAAAACCGGGACCAUAUCAUGCAUAUACAGUCCCGGGGAAGGCAAUGGUCCAGUCCGCCAUGUCAUCGUGUCUCUUGGCCGAGGAGCCAGAGUCAUGUUUGUGUUGUCCUUCCUGAGGGUCUCUGAGGAGGGUGACCAUUCUGCUGUCCGUCCAUCUGCCUGACUCCGCUGCCUGUAACGUGAGCAUCCUCAGUUUCCCUUCCACUGUGCUGUUUCCCCCCACCCGUUUUUCCUUCUAGGAAAGGAUCUGACCAAACGAACCCUCUUCAGCACUGUUGGCCCACCCCUCCCUUUUGGGGAAUGUAGCGCCUGAUGUAGCCUGCUGCAGGCAGACCUCACCCUUGCUGCAGCCCUGCUGGGGGAGUUCUCCCCGACCCAGGAGCCUCUGCCCACUGAGGGCACCCUUCCUCAGCACUGGCACCUCAUUCAAUGGAUCUUGUAGCAUGUAGCACGUGCAGUGGGCAAGGCUCCCAAGGGAAGAAGGGGCCUGCAGUGCUUAGGAAGCUAAGACCUCUUGUGCCUCUCUGGAUGGUCCUGGACUCAUCAUUUGCUCUCAUUGCAUGUGAAACAUCUUUCAUUCCCGAGUAGCUGCCAGGAGAUGCCAAGUGUCUUUCAUAGCUCUGUCCUUCUGGGAGUAGGAGAACAGCUAUCAACCCACCACUGGGCUCUCUGAUUCCCCUCUCUCACUCAGGAGGAGACUGUCCACAUGGGGCCCGGCCGGUGGUCAGAGGAUAGCUUCGCCAAGAAUGGCUUUGAGCCCAUCAGAAGAGGGAUGUCCUGCUGCCAACCUUGAGAAGGCCACUCCCCACUCUCCACCCCAUCCCCCACCAUGGUAGUGGAGGGGGAUAAUUCCUGAAGAAAACCCUUUACCUCACCAAGGCUCUGUGGGUGAAUCCGGCCACUGCUGACAUCAGACUGGGUCUGGAGCUAUUUCCACCAAAGAGUGAGCAAAGCCCGUGGGGGGCCCCCACCCACUCAGUUCCCUGGCACUAAGCCUCUCAACUUUUGUGCCUGAGUGUCUCCAGCACUUGUACCUCUUGUCUCUGAGGGUCUCCUCAGGGAACGGGGUCCUCUGCCCUUCUCCCAAGAGUGAAACAACUCACUUCUCACCCUGGAUCCCUGGGACUACCAAGCCCACCAAUUCUUUACCAAGCAAUAUGUGCCGCUCCCCAAGUCCUUGCCUCUUUUCUGCCACUUCCUAAUGGAUUCUGGCCAGAGCUUGCCCUGGAGGAUGUACACCCUCGGUCCCCUCUGGACUGGUGAAG